GAGAGAAGCGAGCGCCCACCUCCCCUCCCCUCUCGGUGUGCAGCGCGGCGCGGCGCGCGCAGAGAGAGAUCCUCCUCGCAUCGCCAUCAUUCUCCAAUCUACCUGCUCUGAUUCCUCUGCGCUCUCGGCCGCCGCCCCGCCGCCUCCUCCUCCUCCUCCGUCGGCCGCGCCGCGCAGGGCGAUCCUCCUCGCCGCAACGCGCGCGCGCGCGCGCUUCACGGUUCUGUGAUCUAUACCAUUGGCCUCAGGGAAGAUCCUAAGAGAGAGGAUAACUUACAUUUUUUAAUUCAGGUUAAGUAAAAUUACCCGCGGGGGGCAAAUGGCUGCAAUCAUGUUAUGCACGUGCAGCGGGGACCAAUCGAAGUUUGAAGAGAUGCCCCGAUCACCGGAAUCUCUCGCAACACGGGAUUUCUCAGCAAGUGGUUCUUGUUCGAGACCAGGAAAACGAGAAGCAAUGCCUGAUGAUAGCCAAGUGAAUGAAGUGGAAUCGGACUUAAGAGAGACUCUUUCGCUAAAUUAUGAGGAGGCCCGGGCAUUGCUGGGUAGACUGGAGUAUCAGAGAGGAAACUUUGAUGCAGCAUUGCAAGUCCUUCAGGGCAUUGAUAUAAGAAGCCUCAAACCACGAAUGACCAGUGCUGUUACUGAAAGUGCCAAGCCUAAAGUUUCUCCACGUUCUUCAAGACGGAAAACCUCACAAGUGAAUGGAAUGCUAGUGCAUAUGUCAAUGCAUUCUGUAAGUUUGCUUCUGGAAGCCAUAUUGCUUAAAGCGAGAUCUUUGGAAAGACUUGGUAGAGUGACAGAUGCUGCAGAAGAAUGCAGAACCAUCAUAGAUAUUGUAGAGUCUGCAUGGCCGGAUGGUGUUCCUGAAGGUACUUCCGAAGACUGUAAGUUGAUAGACAUGUUCCACUCGGCUCUAGAAUAUCUUCCUAACCUAUGGAUGAGAAGUGGUUGUUUUGAGGAGGCCAUAACUGCAUAUCGGAGAGCUCUUGCAAGGCCCUGGAAUUUGGAUUCUCAAAGGUCCGCCAACUUACAAAAAGACUUAGCGGUGACUCUACUGUACUGUGGUAUUGAAGUGAAGUCUCCUCAAGAGUUCAGUCAGCAACGGAACUUGGCAACCCCGGAGAACAACAUCGAGGAAGCAAUUUUGCUGCUGUUUGUACUUAUCAGAAAGCUAACCUUCCAAGAAAUAAAGUGGGAUCCUGAUCUCGUGAACCAUUUGAUGUACGCACUGUCAUUGUCUGGUCAUUAUGAAGUCUUGGCCAGGCAUCUAGAGAUGUUGUUACCUGGAACCUAUAGCAGAUCAGAAAGAUGGUACGUUCUCGCGCUUUGCUACAGUGCAGCUGGCAUGGAUGAUAGUGCCUUAAAUAUCAUAAGGAAUGGUUUCCGUGUGUUAGAAAGGAAGGGGAAACCUCAUAUUCCAUCUCUUCUUCUAGGAGCCAAACUAUGUUGUAAGAACCCAAAGCAUGCUUCUGAAGGAAUAAAAUUUGCAAAUAAAGCCAGGGAGUCAUUCAGAAGUCAUGAUAUGCAUUUCAUCAGUGCUGUGAAUCAUUUCCUUGGUGUUUGUUAUGGACCUUUUGCUAGGUCAUCCACUUCUCACACAGAAAAAAUGAGAUUGCAAGAUGAUGCACUGAGGCUGUUGCAGGAUGCUGCGGCAACGGCGAAGUAUAAUCCUGAAAUACUGUACAGCCUUGCUUGGGAAAAUGCAAUGCAGCGCAAACUGAAUGCAGCCAUUGAAAGUGCAGCGGAAUGUCUCGAAAUGGUGACAGGAAGUUCAGUGAGUACCUGGAAGCUGUUGAUUCUAGUGUUAUCUGCACAGCAGAAUUUGGAAGAAGCUGAAUCAGUAGCUGAUAUUGCACUAGAUGAGGCUGAGCAAGAGGAUCAAAUGGGUAUUUUGAGGCUAAAAGCACUAAUUCAGUCCUCCCGUGGACAAUUCAAGUCUGCUGUGGAAUCUUUUAGGAUUUUGCUUGCAAUCAUUCAAGCAAAGAAGGAAAUCUGGAAAUUGACCCCUUAUGAUAAGGUUAAAUCCCUGCAUGAGUUAGAGAUGGAAGCAUGGUUAGAUUUGGCAUCAAUAUACACAAAGCUUGAAGCAUGGAAUGACUCAAACAUCUGUCUUGACAAAGCAAAAUCCAUCGAUUUCUUAUCUCCAAAGUGCUGGCAUGUCAAAGGCCUGAUACUGGAGGCCCAGUCCUUGCACCAAGAAGCCCUCGAGGCAUUCUCAUUCUCCCUCUCCAUCAAUCCAGACUAUGUCCCUAGCAUGGUUUCUAUGGCAAGCAUUCUAAGAACUCUUGGAGCGAAAUCAUCGUCAAUCGCGAGAACUUUCCUUCGCAGCGCCACCCGCUUAGAGCCAACAAACCAUCAAGCCUGGAUGGGGCUCGGACUCGUCCUGAAAUCUGAAGGAUCGGUGCUUGAGGCCGCUGACUGCUUCCAGGCAGCUUACGAGCUCCUAGAGUUGUCACCUAUUCAGGAUUUCUCCGAGCAACUGCCCAUCUUGCUGCAGUAGGAACCCGUGGCCUUGCCAGAUAUCAAAAAGGAAAAGAAAGUAGUACAUUGCCUUGCCAAGUAGCACAGGUUUUGCUGUAGAAAUCUCAUUGCAUCCUUGGCUCUCCAACCAGUAAAUUAUGUGAAUGUAGUAUACCCAUUUCCUUAGAUGGACAUCCUUUACCAAUUUUGUUUUGUGGAUGAGCAGUUAUGGUAAAUUAUGUGAGUGUAGGUGUUUCUGUUAAUGUUGCAACUCCCUGUGCUGCACAUUCAGUUUUGUUCUAUUGGAAGAACAUAAAUGAAAGAGAUAUGCUUGGUAGAGUGAAUUUCCAUUGCU